UUAAAGUCUCGAGGCUGGAGAUUGUUACGCUUAGCGCGCGGAGUGAAGGAGAGAAAAAAAAAGAAUAAUAAUAAGAAGAAGAAAAAAAAAAAAGGCUUCAGCGGAUCAACUGCACAUGAGUCGCCCUCCACUCUGUUUUCCUCCUCCACUCGCGGGACUCGCGUACACCUGACGCAUCUCUCUCUCUCUCGCCCCGGUGGAAGUGAUCCUUCUUCUUGACACCGGGGUCGCGUCCAGCCCGCAGAGCGGUGAGACACAACAACCUUCAACUCUUAUCGCUUCUCGUGCUAAACUGAAAGUGCGCGGCAGGACGGGAUUAACAGAUCCUUUCUGUCGGGGCUCUGUGGACCCGAAAGGAAACUUUUAGAAGGAGCUGUCCUUCACUUGUGUUCGUCUCGCAUCGCCUCAAAGAGAGUGUAUGGACCCUGGUGAUGACCCAUGAUGAUGCUCGCUGAAGGGUCUCUCUGAGCUCAAACCCGCCAUCGUAGCACCCCGGUGGAUGAAGAGGAGGUGGUGGCUCUGCCCCCAGACGCUGUGACCAUGGUGAAAGCCCAGCGGAGCCAGCCUGUGAAAUGUGGGAAGCCCCGGAAGGAGAAGGGAAGCAAGGAGAAAGGAGGUGGUGUGAAAAAAGGGAAAGAGAGAAAAAACGAGUUGAGAGGAAGGAAAAAGAAGGAUAAAAAAGAGUCACUGGCAGGGGGUGAUGGAGAAGCGCUGGACUGUCGUGUCCUGCUCACCCGUCUGGAGGAGAAACGAGUUGAGGGUAAAGAAAAGGAUGCAUCAAAAUCUGGCAAAAAAAAGAAGGUUAAAGUCAAGAAGAAGCUGCAGUCCAGCUCCAGUCAAAGAAGGACCAAAUCUGGAUUUAAGAAAACGCCCACAGCCAAACAGCAAGCACUGGAACCAAAAAUCAACCAAUCUGACGCCUUACUCAUGUUUCCCGCACCUGUCUUUGAGCCCCGCCGGCGGAGAAUGGCCUCUCUUAACGCUGAGGCUGUCAACAGCUUGCUGCUCUACAGAAAUGAUUCUCUGGCGUCAAAUCACACAAAGAAACGGCAGCCUUCUAGUGAAGAUAAAGCUAAAGAUAGUCUCACUAAAACUGAACAUAGAAGUCAUAAAACCAAAAAGGUUUCUCCACGAGGGAAAGCAGACCCAAAGGAAAGACCUAAAAAACAGAGGCGGUCAGCCGCGGAGGCUCAGAACAUCGACUGGUCGGCUUUGUUUGCACCAGCGCCUCGCCGUCAAGCAGGCCUCACUGCUGCAACGCUGCUCAAACUCACGAGUGCCCACUAUGGAACCAAGCGGCAAAAGAAGACGGAGUCCAAGCCGGCGAGUGGGAGUGAAGCAGCAGCUACGACUCAGGGUGAGAUUAGCAGCAAACCAGUAUGUGGAGAAGCAACACUGACCAAAAGAACAACGCAUCCCAAACAUGCAGACCAACUAAAGCACAUAAAACAGGGUACAGAGGAUCCAGUUCGUUCCCAGCUGGACUCGACCAUCCAGGGUUGCUGUAGUUUGUGUAAAAGCGAGACUUUGGAUCCGGAGUGGAAGGGCACCGUAGGAGGACAGGAGUGUCUCAAACAUGAGCUCCAUCGGGGCUCUUCACUGGGAUUCUCCUUGAAGACAAUCAAAAAGGAGCAGGUGGAGACUGACGUGUCUUCCUGCUACUGCUGCUCCCAAGAGAGGUGUGUUGAGUACUCUCACAGACUGGCCCUCUUCCUGGGGGACAAGACCUUCAAGGAGCCAGAGGAUGGCACAAUGUUCCACCACCACCAUCACCACCACCAUCAUCAUCACCACCAUCUUCAGUCCCCUCACUCCGUAAGCCACCCAGCAGCCAUAACCAUCAGCCCACACGCCUACACCUGUUUUCCCGGCUACUACGUCCACUUCAGCCACCCGGACACCCCGCCCUCUCCCAUGCCACCCCUCGCUUUGUGCCCAAAGAGCGGCAAGAGGCCCAAGCUGCUUCCCAGCACCGGUCCACAGCCCUCAGGGAUUACCCAUCCAGUGUACUGCUGCACCUCAGUGGAGGCGUGCUACGGAGAGCCCUGCAGGAUCAAUGGCUACUCGUCCUACACCAGUGUGAUUCCAGCCAUCGCCAGAGGAGGGUGCUCCUUCAGCCCCACGGACUGCACCAAAUGUAACCACGGCAUCAAAAGAGCAGACGAUUACCCAUCAACCCUCAAUGACCAUCACAGUUCUUCCUCCAUCCCCAUCUCGCCUGACCCCAGAACCCUCACUGGCUGCCCCUUUCCCACUGUGCCUCCAGCCGGCCAAUCAGUGCCCCACGUUCAAACUCCCCUGUCCGACCCCAGCCAACCGCAGCCUCCGCUGCAGGUGGCGAAGGAGUGUCCACAGAUUGCCAAGUCGCCCAGCGGGUCGAGGUCUGGCGCACGCGGCACCGGCAGCAUCAGCGCGGCUGUCUGCCCUCUAAACAGGAACAAGAAGCAGAAGCUCGGCGUUGCAAGCGUCGGAGGGCGAACGGUUGCCAAGCAGCCAAAGAACGGACGCCAAAAAUCCACCAAUGGCUGGCAGCCAGUUGGCCUGCCCUUUCAGAAGGAGGUUUUCUCUGUGGGAGAGGAGGCCCUGGUGCUGAGGAAGUGUUUCGAGGGAGUCCAGAGGGACGGGGACCUGAUUCGGGUCAGAGACACUGUUCUGCUGAAAUCUGGACCGAGAAAGAAGUCUCUGCCUUACGUGGCCAAGAUCUCAGCUCUGUGGGAGGAGCCAGAGUCAGGAGAGCUGAUGAUGAGUUUGUUUUGGUACUACCGUCCAGAACACACACAGGGGGGCCGCAAUCCCAGUAUACAUUGUGAGAAUGAGAUCUUUGCGUCUCGUCACCAGGAUGUUAACAGUGUGGCCUGUAUUGAAGACAAAUGCUAUGUCCUAACAUUGGCACAGUAUUGUCGAUUUUGUGCCUUGGUAAAACGCCAUAGGGAGGGCGUGAGUGACUGUGCCGCCGCCUUCGUGGUGCCACCCAGUGUCGUCAACGCCAUGCCCACCCACCACUGUGUGCCCGAUGACGUCGACCCAGAGCUGGUGUUUUUCUGUCGACACGUCUAUGACUUUCGCUACGGACGCCUCCUCAAGAACCUGCAGUAGCAUCUGACGGUGCAUGACCCAUAAUGCUAUUGGAAUCGAGAUAAUGUUAGACAUCCUCCACAACUUAGAUUGGCUACACACCUACCUGCUGCUUGUGGGACAUAAACUGGAAGUGUAGGAUGAAGGAUUAGCAGAUGAGCUUCAUUUGUUUUUAAAUAUCUUGCUUGUACUUACAUGCCACACCUUUUAUUUAGUGAGAGUAAUACCCUGACAUAUAGUAUAGAAGUUAUGAUGGCAGUGUACCGGUCUUCAUCAUACAUGGCUCUGUGGUGUCGUAGCAGCUGUUUGGAGAACUUGGACCUUACUCUGCUGUAGAAAAUGCUCCUGUGGCUCUUUGACAUUUGAUCGAUUUGAAGAGAGGUUGAUGUUACAUGUGAAUUAUGUUACUGUCGGCCUGACGGACAUCAGACACUCCGUGUGUAUCUCAAUGAUAAGUCAUAGCUGAAGGAAAUCUUAGGUAUUUUUUAGGUGUGUUAGGCAAGGACCAGCAUUGGUCCUUGAGAAGAGACAGAGAUUUAAUCAUAUUUGAUAUUCGAUAUAUUCUGAGUACAAAUGUUUGCAGAUACAAAUGAAGCUCUCGUGAACAUCUGUGUUCAGGGUGUUUUAGGGAAUAGUUUUUUUGUAUAUUUUUUGCUAUCUUGACAAAGGGUAGAUGAGGUAAUAAUGCCACUCUUAUGUCUGUAUGGUUAAAUAGGAACCUAGUGCCAGCAGUGCACCAUUUAGCAAAGCAUAUAGAGACUCGAAGACUGUUUCCAACUGUUUUCAGUCUUUUUACUGAGCUAAGCUAACUAACUGGCUCCUGGCCACAGCUCCAUACUUACCAGACAAACGUGGGAGUCCUACCGAGAAAAUCAUCAAACUCUUGGCAAGAAAGCAAAUGUCUCAAUUUCCAAACGGUUGUAUGAUUUAACAUUUCCCUUUUCAUGUAACUGUGAUUGACCUGUAGGUCUAUGUCGUAAACUCUGACCACAGCUGUGAGGAGAGUUCAGAAGGUUUGUUUCAAGACAAUUCAACUUUUUUUUUUUGUUAACUAUGAUUAAGUACAGGCACAGCAAACGACGAAACGUGGAUGAUUUUUAGCUCCACCUCUCUGGUUUUUCUGAGAGAAGUUUGAGUUUUAUGUAACUCUUCAAUUCACCUGACUGGUGAUUUCCUAAUAUAGGACAAAGAAAGCACACUUCACUUAGUUUGAUUUUGCAGUGUGAAGACGUCCAAUGAGCCGAGCAUUGACAAGGUUUUUUGUUAUGCCAACGCUGAGGAAUAUUUUACUUUCUCAAAGCUGAUUGUCGGAGGUGUAAUGUCAGCUAACUGUAUAUUUGCAUUUAUAUACUGUAUCUGGAUGAGUGUCUGUUCUGUUCGUGGCAGAUGGCAGUUAGUCACCUAUAUUCUUGUUUUCUUCACCGAUGAGAUGGUGAGUAAUGUAUUCAGUGUAGCAUUUAGAGCUGUGUUGAUGAUGAUGAUGAUGAUGAUCCAUAUGAUCCAUUCCUAUGUUUGAGAGAAGAUAUGUAUUUAUUUCUGUACUGAGAAAAUAUAAUUUAUUUUCAAAAGAUAAUUUUAAAGAAUAGAGUUUUAGAUGAGUUGCUUGUAUUCCUGAUUAUAAAGGAGGUCUCUCCUUAGCUGCACUGUCUAAGAUAAAACGUGUGAGUCAUUCGCAAUAGUAUUUCUGUGACUGAUUGAGCUUGCUUGCCCAAUACAAGCCUAUUAGAUGUUGUGUUGAAAAUGUUAAAGUCCUCCAGGCAGAUUUGAGGACACAUUUCGAAGGAUCUCAGAUACAGUUUGAAGGACACCUGCUAACAUGUGACCAGAGAUGCUUAACCUGCAGGACCAAAACGUACCUUGGCCUCUCCCAGCUUCCUGCCAUUCUCCUGUCACUUCUCCUAAGAUGAUAAAGCUUUGCCUCUUCACCUUUAAAUGCCGAAUGCUACAAUGAUUUAGACCUACCUUGCCAUUAGCCUGUGCCCUUGAUCUUGCUGCCUUAUAGAACAUUCCCAGCCUUUCAUUUAGAGAUGUGUGCUGAUAUCAGCCUCGGGUAGUGAGGCUUCUUAGUGCGCUGAUCUUGAUUCCUAGAUGCUUGAGAAGCAUCUCCGGUCCAUCGCAUUCAUGUGGUCUUUUGUGCGAUCUGAAAGGUCAAAAUGAUCCUUGAUAAACACUUUUAUUUUGGCAAAAGUCUGCCCAAAUUUCGAUUCAAAUAUAAAGUGAUCAGUUAAAAAUCUGUUACGGCUAUAGUUCAACAUUUGGGGAAAUGCACUUAUUUCCUUCCUCGUGUCGAGUUAAGUGACGAGAUGGAGACCAGUCGAAGCUCCAGAACCCGAUCGGCCUCGCUGAGCAUAAAGACUGCAGGGGGAACAGCUCUGUCAGAAAAGGCAAAAUAAUCCAUCUACCUGCACCUCUAAAGAUCAUUAGAUAAUUAAUUAGCAUGGUGUCUGUAAUAAUCUCAUCUUUAUGCUCAGCUGGGCUAACUGGCCGCUGGAUGUAGCUUUAUAUUUAGCGUGCAGACACGAGUGUGGUAUUGGUUUGCUCAUCUGACUCUCAACAAGAAAGUGUAUUUCCCAAAAUAUUGGGUUUGUAGUUUUGUGCCUCUUGAAGAAGGCUGCAGUCAGCUUGAAUUCCAUCGGUUAGAAAGUUUUAGAUGGUGGAUAAAAAAUAUCAAAAUGCCCACAGAGACUUUUCUAAUCCACUUCUUCUUCAUAAUCCACCUCUCGGCUGUCUGUCUGAAUUGACAUUAUGUUCCAAACAAAAGACACAACUUCCUGGCAGAGCUUCAAGCAGUGAGGAAAUGGAUUAUGCUGCAUGAGUGUUUCAGAGGUUGUAAGUCGUUCUUCUGCUUUGAAACGACUUCAAUCCUUUGCAUCCGACAUGUUUUAGGGUCCCAAGCGCUGUUCUACAUGAACUAUUUACAGCCACCUUAAACCCUCAGGGGGUAGUUGAUUGGGAAAAGAUCGAUUUUGGGUGGAGUACCAUCUGAAAAUGCCCACAUCCUGCCUACUUCUGCUUUACGUUUUGUACAGAGAAUAGAUUACUUACUGACUCUUGUCCAUUCAUUAGGCUGAAAUGGAAAGAAAAGACCUUGCCAUGUUCAUCAAACCAGAGGUUUUCCCUCUAUAUCAAAACUAAAGCAAACUUUCUCCACCGACUGGAACAUUUAAUUGAACAUUGAUGGAUGGUGGAUGUACAAUCCAACAAAGCAUAAUUGGGUUUAUUUGGUUUCAUUUGGAUCUUCAAUUGUAAAUCCCCCUGGAGGUUCUGGAUCAGUUAGAAACCACACGCAGUACAUGUUAUGGCCUUAGGAAUCACUCUGCAAACUAAUUAUGUCUAAUCAAGAUGUGUGAUACUUAUGUCUUAAUUGGUCCUCUGUGCCUGUUCCCACUAACCCAUAUUUACUCUGAACGUUUUCCACGGAGAGAAGGACGAGCUGCUGUUCUCCCCCAACUUCCAAAUGCCUUUCAUUGUUGCCAGAUGAUGCUAGUCUGAUCUUGAAUCACCACAAA